AUCACCUAUGGGCCCAUCCUUGUUUAGAGAGGAUUGCCAAAAUAACAGAACAUGUAAAAGGUGCCAACACUGUCUUCUCAGAUGACCUCUGCAGUCCUUUGACCCUUAAGAAGGCAGCAUGACCUGAUCUUCAGGCAAUCUCUACUACAACAGAUCCCCGGCAAUGCCUGUGCUACUGUCUCUAGGCUGGCUCAGAGUCUCCGGGGGGAAUCUGUAGCACCCAGCCGCUGGCGUCUUCUCCUGGCGGAAGCUCAACCAUUUGAAGAGAAGGGGAGGGAAAAAAAAAUCCCAAUCAGGACGCUUGCACAUGCUGUUCUCUGCUUGCUCGCCUGGGUGUUUUGCUGAAGGACUGGGACAUCUGCAGAGAAGGGGGAGCGGCGGCGGCCGGAGCGUGCCCUGGUCGGGCUGAAGUUCCUGCAGCGCCGGGGGCUGUGAGUGCGCUCAGCCGGGGGCGAGCGGCGGGGCCGGGAUCGCGCUGCCCGGAGCGUACGCAGACAGACGUGAUUAAAAUUCAAGCCUAAUGGCCUCUGGCAUAAACAACAUUCAUCAGCCCGGGACUUGCAAUGGAUCUAAAGCCGCUCGCAGCAGCACGGCAGAGGAAUACAAUCGGGAAAUGCACGUGAAAAUGUGCAAGAAGAUUGCCCAGCUCACUAAGGUGAUAUAUGCCCUGAACACUAAGAAUGAUGAAUAUGAGGACAGUAUACAGGCUUUGAGAGAAGCUCAUGAAGAAGAAAUUCAGAAUAUUCUUGCUGAGACAAGAGAAACUAUUCUCCAGUGUAAAAGCAAAAUUGAAGAAGAACAGUUACUGAGAAAGCAUAUUCAGGCCCUUGAAGUUGCAGUAGCACAACACAAGAGAUUGAAGGAAGAAGCCUUAGCAGAGUUAAUACUGUGUAGAAAGCAAGCAGAAGAGGAGUCAAGAACGAAAGAGAAAAAAGCACAGACAGGCCUUUCUACGGACACGGUAGAUAACACUGCAGGCUUUGAAAAUAAACUUCCACAUUUAAAUCGGGAGUUUGAUGGACUGCUCCAUGAAUGCAAAGCAUUAAGAGGAGAAAAUCCAGAUACAAAAGUAAAUUUAGAUGAAAAAUGUAGCAUGGAAAGGCACUCUGUAAUGAAUGAGAUGGAAAACCUGAAGAGCAAAAAUCAGAAAACCUCUGAAGAAUAUACUCAGAAAACAAGAAAACUGCAAACCCCUUGUGAGACAGAAGAAGAGACUUUGAAAAAAGCCAUGCAGCAAUCUGUGCUAGAAACAAACUGCCAACAAGGAGAAAUGGAGCAAAAGAUGAGCUCAGAGGCUGAGGAAGGCUUUUUGCUGCAGCAGGUAAAGAAGCUGGAAGCAGACCUAGAGGAGAAAAGCCAGAAGAUAAAUGAGAGGAGGAAGCAUUCCCAGAAGCUGAAGGAGCGAAUACAGGAGCUCCAGGCACAGCUAGAUGAAUUUAAAAGAAAAUCCGAGUGUGAACUGAAGCAACUAGAGAAAGAGAAAGAAAUUCUAACUGGGAAACUUCAAAACUCUUCACUUGAGGUGGCUCAGCUGAAGCAAAUAUUAGAACAACAAGCAAAUAAUUUCAAGGAGUCACUGAAGAAACAUAAUCUACAGUCCAACAAAGAAAAAGAGAAGCUUUUGCAGGAUCUUCAAAACACCAUUAAAGAAAACCAAAAUGUUAAACUGCAUUUGGAGGCAUCGCAUCAAAAAGUCUUAAAAAUGUUGGAGAAAAGCAAGAAUCAGGAGCUCAAGGAGGCAGAAGAACGUUUGAGAAAGGAAUUUAAUGAGACUUUCAAGAUCCAACAUCAGUCUCAUAGGCUGGAAAUACAAACCUUGGAAGAGAAAGCAAAGAAAGAAUUACAUGAUGAACUUGAGCAGAUACAAAAGCAGCAAACCCUGUUGUUAGGAUCUCUAAGGAUGGAACUCUCCGAGCAACAGACAUCAUGCACAAACCUAAAGAAACAAAUAGAAGAACUUAAAAUGGAGCUGAGGAGUGUGAGGACACUGAAGAAGCAACAGGAAGGAAGUAGCCAAAGCCAGAUCAUAUCUCUUCACAAUGAACUGGAAAAAUGUCAGAGUGAAAUUUCUGAACUCAAGAGGGAGAAUUUACUUUUGAAGGAUGCAAUGGAGCUGCUCAGUGCUGAGUUGGAGUCACAGAAGCAAGAAGCUGGACAGCUUCAGGACAGAGAAAAACAGCAUAGAAGGCUACUGGUAGAAGACCUCAAUAUCAAGCAUAGAAAAGAACUGGACAUACUGAAACAAGAUCACCGGAAGGAAAUUGAAAACAUAGUAUCUGAUUUCAGCAGCACUCAGGCACAUCUCCAAGCAAAGAUUUUCUCCUUAGAAACUGCACUUAAAGAAUUAGAAGAAAAGUCAAGAAAGUGGGAGUCCAGGCCUGAAGAUACACACCUUAUAAACUGUCUGCAAGACAAAUUAAGUGAGAGAGAAGAGAUUAUCAAGCAGCUGGUGGAAGGAAGAAAAUGCCAGCAUUCACUUUCAGCCAACACUGAAUCUUACAGGAAUCGGUCAUUUUCUUUCAACCCUAAUACAGCAUGCCUGACUCCCUCCAUGAAGCAGAAGAAAAAGGUUGAGAUGCCCAGUCGUGUUGUCAGUGUUCCGAAUUUAGCUUCCUACGCAAAGAGCUUUUUGAGCGGUGACUUGAGAUCAAAAAGAAGUGCUCCUCAAAUAACAAAAUCUGCAAGCUUAGACCGGAGUUCUGGCUGCCUCCGGGUGGGCUCUCCAUCAACACAGUCCUCAGACAGCGGUGCUGCCACAAGGACACAUGGCACUGAACCACCACAAACCAAAGAUGACCAAAAACAAGACCCUCAGCAUCAAGAAUGGUUUACUAAGUAUUUUUCAUUUUAAAGCAAACUAUUUCCGUACUUCUUAGAAUUACUAUAAAAGUCAUUCCUGUUUUCUUUAUAGGAAUGAUAAUCCAAUAGAUGAUUUAAGGGAAGAAAAAAAAAGUAAUUUCUAAGUUAGGAAAUACCUGCACUCUCUUAGAUCUAGUAACUAUGGAGUUACAGGCAUGAAUUUCAGGAAAAUGCAUUUUUUUUAACAAUUUCUGUAAAAAAUUAAGGAAAAGUUUGGACACAGUUAUGUGAAAAGACUUUUUAUGAAGAGACUCUAUCAGUCCACAGUUUCAUUAAAUAUGUAAUUUGGACUCUGAUAUGUUCUGUUUUGUUCUGUCAAUUUGGCAGCAGCUGAAAAAAAUAUCUUCCUUCUGCACAUUUAUAUGCUUGCUUCAUCAGCUGUUUAAAGUAAGUUCUGCAUAUAAUAAUGUAAUUUUAAAGGUUUUUAAUGCUUUUUGUUAAAUUAAUUUUAAGCUGCACAGCAUGUAGUAUACCUUAAAAACUAACAUGUUUAUAGCAGGCCGGUUUAGAAAUAAUUUCUGGUUUGCUUCCUAAACUGUUUUGUAUAGUCAGCUAUUUGCUAUGUAAUAUUCCCACUGAAUUUCAAUAUAUGUAUCAGCCUGUUAAAUUAGGAUGAUAUGUAACUAUGAACAUUAAAGUUUGUAAAUUAUCCAA